CUAUUACCUAAGUGUGGGCUAAUGUAACCAAGAGGGAUUUCACCUACAUCCAUUCAGUCAGUCUUCGGGGGUUUAAAGAAAUUCCAAAGAGUCAUCAGAAGAGGAAAAAUGAAGGUAAUGUUUUUUCAGACAGGUAAAGUCUUUGAAAAUAUGUGUAAUAUGUAAAACAUUUUGACACCCCCAUAAUAUUUUUCCAGAAUUAACAGUAUAAAUUGCAUCUCUUGUUCAAGAGUUCCCUAUCACUCUCUUUAAUCACUACUCACAGUAACCUCAACUACUGCCACAAUGUACAGGAUGCAACUCCUGUCUUGCAUUGCACUAAGUCUUGCACUCAUCACAAACAGUGCACCUACUUCAAGUUCUACAAAGAAAACACAGCUACAACUGGAGCAUUUACUGCUGGACUUACAGAUGCUUUUGAAUGGAAUUAAUAAUUACAAGAAUCCCAAACUCACCAGGAUGCUCACCUUUAAGUUUUACCUGCCUAAGAAGGCCACAGAAUUGAAACAUCUUCAGUGUCUAGAAGAAGAACUCAAACCUCUGGAGGAAGUGCUAAAUUUAGCUCAGAGCAAAAACUUUCACUUAAGAGAUACCAGGGAUAUAAUCAGCAAUAUCAAUGUACUAGUUCUGGAACUAAAGGGAUCUGAAACAACUUUCACAUGUGAAUAUGAUGAUGACACAGCAACCAUUAUAGAAUUUUUGAAUGGAUGGAUUACCUUUUGUCAAAGCAUCAUCUCAACACUGACUUGACAAUGAAGUGCUUCCCAUUUAAUACAUAACAGGCCUUCUAUUUAUUUAUAUAUUUAAAUUUUAUAUUUAUUGUUGAAUGUAUGGUUUGCUACCUAUUGUAACUAUUAUUCUUAAGAUUAUAAAUACGGAUCUUUAAGAUUCUUUUUUGUAAGCCCUAGGGGCUAAAAUGGUUUCACUUAUUUAUCCCAAAAUAUUUAUUAUUAUGUUCAAUGUUAAAUAUAAUGCCUAUGUAGAUUGGUUAAUAAAACUAUUUAAUAAAUUUGAUAAAUAUAAA